AUGAUGCAGGCGGAAAUCGGCAUGUGCAUCGUCCUGGCACCUGUGUGCCAGCCGUCGGCAGAUGAAUCUUCAUCUUCAACUGACUAAUCAAUCCAUAUUCAAGUCAACAUACUUCCUUUAUUUACAGUUGUCACUUACAAGGACACUUAGCUAUCUGGAACCACAGGUCUGGCACUGUGUGUGUGAUGUUAAUACUAGCUUAACUAUACCGGCUUUCCACUCGCUUUGUUUGUCUUUUUAAAAAAAAAUUUUUUAGAAAUUAUACAUCUUUUUAUUUUUAAGAAUCUCCUCAAAGCAAAUUGGCAACUGAAUUUGGCGUAUUGAGGUGACCAUAGUUUAGAGAGUUUUGUCUUACUUGAGAAAUAUUUUUCAUUCAUUUAAUUGUUUUCAGCUAUUAGUGACAAAUUCUCAUUCAUGCCAUGUUUCGCUCAGUCAUUCAACCACAUUUCUGUUUUGAAUUUUCCCCAGUAAUACACGAUUUAAGAAUAAACCGGUAUGAAUAUAUGUGAAGUUCAUGCACUGGCUUUGAGAACGUUCAUGAACAUCUGUUUUCUCAAGAGGACAUUCCACUUCGUGUUGAGGAAAUCCUCGUCAUACUGCUUUUGCUUAGAGUUGCUGUCACGGUGACAUUAUCCGUAUCCCAAAACAAACAUUCCAAUUUGUCUCAGUUGAUAUGCUUCAUCAAUAAUAUCUGCAUUACAGUCUCCUAACCAAAAAGAAGCAUUUAAGUUUGUACUAAUUUGAACAGUGUGCAUAGCACGUAUAGAUUCAUGCACCGCCAAAAGUAAUCUUAUUGCGUAAUUCGGGAAGGCCCAAUCUGAUAUACACCAAUUCAAGAGGAUAUAGCAAUAUAUUAAAUAUUGUUUUCUAACAGUCUAUGUUUUAGUAUGAACAUGUACAUGUUCAAUACAGCAAAUAACUCAGGGCUAUGACAUAAUCAUUAAGGUAAGGGGCAUUGGUCUUAAUCACUUUCUAUGGGUGCCUUUUACAGCGAAGCUAUUUUGGGAAUUGUUGUAGUUUGUAUUUUUCCUAAGUCCAAGCGUGUACGUUUUUCGCAUUUUAUUUUUUAAUAAACCAUAAAGUAUUUUUUGUGCCAAUUUUCUUUAUGUAUGCUCUCUUCAGCCUUUAUCCACAUCGACACUAAAUUGAAAUGAAUGCUUUUCUGAUAAUACCUACUAAAGCCUGGUACUACUAAAUCAAGUACAGUCGGAAAGAAAUGCACGUAAUGCUGCUUUCGUCCAAUCAACCGGUCUGAUUUCGACGCCCUCCAAUCUGGUUUUGCCUUUUGAGGGGAUGGGCAGAGAUUGUGUUGUGGCUAGCAGGCGCGGCGCCAUUUCAUCUCGGAGACCAGUGGCAUCCCACAGUGAAAGCAGGAGCAUCAUCAUGGUGAAAAUCUUCAUUGGGAAUUUGUCUCCAGACACCACGGCGGAGGAGCUGCGCUCCCUCUUCUCCCAGUAUGGCAAGAUCUCAGAGUGCGACAUCGUCAAGAACUUUGGCUUUGUGCACAUGGAUGACAAAGCCAAGGCAGAAGAUGCCAUCAAGAAUCUCCACCACUACGAGCUCAACGGGCAGGCCAUGAAUGUGGAGAUGAGCCGCGGCAGACCCAAAGCCUCUACCAAGCUCCACGUGGGUAAUAUCAACAGCAGCUGUACCAACCAAGAACUACGGGCCAAGUUUGAGGAGUAUGGCCCAGUGGUGGAGUGUGACAUAGUGAAGGACUACGCCUUUGUCCACUUGGAGCGUGUGGAGGAUGCCAUGGAGGCUGUCAGUGGGCUGGACAACACAGCCUUCCAAGGCAAACUGCUGAGCGUGAAGCUUUCGACUAGCCGCCUGCGUACUACGCCUGGCAUGGGAGAGAGGACUGGUUGUUAUCGGUGCGGGCAGGAAGGCCACUGGUCCAAAGAAUGUCCGCUCGACACGUUGGGCAACUACAGAGAGGGUGCCGAGCCACGCUCUGACGGAUUCGAUGGCGGUGCCCCCAGGUUCGGCGGGGGGAGUCGCAGCGGUCGCGUUUAUCAACGGGGCUUCAGUGGCGGCGAUCCAGGUUACAGUGGCAGCUACGCUUCCGUGCACGACUUUGGCAACAGAGGGUCUGUUUACGGCAGCGGCAGUGUACCCGGGUAUGGCAGGGGCGCGGGCUACGAGAGCGCAAUGAGUUACAGUGUCCCGCAGGGUUAUGGAAUGAGCGCUGCCGAACAAUGCAUGGCCCGGACAUACGCUAGCGAGGCAGCGUACGGCUGCACCAGCUCGAGCUAUGGUGUGAUCCCAGCCAACCCAGUGCGCCGGUCAUCUUACGAGGACCGGGAUCCUUAUGGUGUUGUGGACUUCUACGAGAAGUACCGGGCUCGCUCGUAUGGAGCCAGUUAUUUCGAAGAGCGCCGUUCUGUCCCUUUGCCAGCCCCACCUCCCCCCUCCUCCUCAGCCAUAAUGAGGGAGCGCCUGCCGCCCUCUAGCCUCGACCUAUACGAGCGCUGUCCCCUCCCUCCUCUACCAGCCUCCAUCUCCUCAUACUACUCCCGCGACCGGAGCCCAAUCCGGCGAAUCCCUGCUGAUGCUGAGGGCUACACGUACGAGCGCGCGCGCCUCUCCCCGGUGUCCUCCCUCCCCAGAAGCUUGGCUUAUGACAUCCCGCGGGACCCCUACGCCGAGCGGGCGCGCUAUGCUUACUAACCUUUUUCCCACUUGUCCAGGUGAGACCUGACUAGCUUUCACAGGUUAGCGUGAUUUUAAGUUCCCUGGGAACUACACUGAACAAAAAUAUAAACGCACCAUAUAAAGUGUUGCUCCCAUGUUUAAUGAGCUGAAAUAAAAGAUCCCCAGAAAUGUUCAAUACCCUGAAAAAGCUUAUUUCUCAAAUUUUGUGCGCAAGUUUGUUUACAUCCCUGUUAGUGAGUAUUUCGCCUUUGCCAAGAUAAUCCAUCCACCAGACCGGUGUGGCAUAUCAUGAAGCUGAUUAAACGGCAUGAUCAUAACACAGGUGCUGCUUGUGUUGGGGACAAUAAAAGGCCACUUCGAAAAUGUGAAGUUUAGUCACACAGCACAAUGCCACAGAUGUCUCAAGUUUUGAGAGAUCGUGCAAUUGGCAUGCUGACUGCAGGAAUGUCCGCCAGAGAAUUUGAAUGUCAUUUCUCUACUGUAAGCCGCCUCCAAUGUCACUUUAGAGAAUUUGGCAGUACGUCCAAACGGUCUCACAACUGCAGACCACCUGUAACCACGCCAGCCCAGGACCUCCACAUCCGGCUUCUUCACCUGCGGGAUCGUCUGAGACCAGCCACCCGGACAUCUGAUGAAACUGGGUUUGCACGACUGAAGAAUUUCUGCCCAAACAGUCAGAAACUGUCUCAGGGAAGCUCAUCUGCGUGCUCGUCUUCCUCACCAGGGUUUUGACCUGACUGCAGUUUGGAGUUGUAACCGACUUCAGUUGGCAAUUUAUCACCUUUGAUGGCCACUGGCAAAAGGUGUGUUCUUUACGGAUGAAUCAGUUUCAACUACUGGGCAGAUGUAUGGCAUCGUGUGGGCAAGUGGUUUGCUGAUGUCAACAUUGUGAACAGAGUGCUCAGUUCUUCCAUGGCCUGCGUACUCACCAGACAUGUCACCCAUUGAGUGUGUUUGGCAUGCUCUGGAUCAACGUGUACAACAGUGUUCCAGGUCCGGCCAAUGUACAGCAACUUUGAACAGCCAUUGAAGAGGAGUGGGACAAUAUUCCACGGGCCAUAAUCAGCAGCCUGAUCAACUCUCUAUGUGAAUGAGAUGUGUUGUGCUGCAUGAGGCAAAUGGUGGUCACACCAGGUACUGACUGCUUUUCUGACUGAAGCCCCUACCAUUUCUUUAAGUUAUCUGUGUUACCAACAGAUGCAUAUCUGUAUUCCCAGUCAUGUGCAAUCUGUAGAUUAGGGUCCGAUGAAUUUCAGUUGACUGAUUUCCUUAUAUGAACUGUAACUCAGUAACAUCUUUAAAAUGGUUGUGUUUUAUAUUUUCGUUCGGUGUAGUGUUAAUAUAAACACUGGGUGUUUGAUAGUUUCUCUAGGUAAUGUCUUAGAUCUGUCAGGUUUUCUGUCUUGUCAUAGGUUGAUAAUGCCGACGCUGUCAAGCCUGUUGAUCGAAUAGGAGAGAAUGCAUGCCGUGGAACUUGACUGCAUCUUGUGGAUGACCGUGUUACUAUUUGGUAUGCUCUCUUUUCAGGUGUCGCAACAGUGUCGUGCUCGGUUGGCCAUCUUAGUUCCGUCUUGCUAUGCGUUUCGACGUGGUCGUGGGAUGGGGAAUGUGCGGACCUUU